AUUGAAAUCCCGCCUGUUUAGGACUGAAGAAUUUUAAAUAGACUCCACCGACUUCUAUGCUUCCUCGUUGUCGCUCACGAUGACCAGCCAGGCAGAAGUACACAAGCACCCCAGGUCUCUGCGUUCCAUGUCCAGUAACUCUAGCAUCAAAUCUACAUCACAAACCUCAAAGACCUUCAGAGCAAGGGCUAUAACGUUGACGGGUCGUGUUGCUUCCGUUGAUACGGUCGGCGCAGAGCCAAUGUCCUCUUCUGCAGCUGGUAAUAGUGAUCAAGAGAAAAGUGGUGGAUACUCUUCUGAUAGACAUCAAACUCGUUCGCUAGAGGAUCGGGUGCGAACUAGAGAAGCUGAAGGAGGAAAUCAAGUUCAUCAGAGAUUAAUGAGCUCAGAUGUAGAUAUAGCACAGGGAGAGACCAAGUCAUCGUUUGCAACGAGAGAAAAUAACUAUCAGCCUCCACCGUCUGCCUUCAACCGUGUACCAUUAUCUCAUCUCGACACAUCUGGCACCACGAAUGUUCGUGAUUCCGUUUUGACUCAGAGCUCUCUUCUUUCCCAGCCGACUGUCACAUCUUCCUCUAUCUAUCCGCAAUCCACUUCCUCAGCUUCAACUUCAUCUAGACCGGAUUCCAUGAUAUCUGAACUCGAGCCUAAUAAGAAUGACGGAGGUCCUGUCAUUGAUGGCUAUCAGGAAUUUAAAGGAGACGAUGUAUCUUAUCGCCUGCGACUGCUAGUGAACAACAACUACUUUCUUCCUCCAGCACACGCAAAGCCCAAACCCUCGGACUUUUCCACGGGACAAGCUCCAAUUCCCAAAAAGCCACCCACUCCAACCAAUACAUUCCUUGAUUUUUUUCGCAAGCCCAAGUCCAAGCCGACCACACCUACUGGUUCUGAACAUCCAAUUCCGAUCUUGCGCUCAACGUCAGACAGUACCGCCGCCUCCGCCUACGGGAGUUCCCAACCUAGGACACCAUUCCAUCCACCCCACUCUCCAGGUCUUCCCUCUGAUGGUUCAGGGCGCGUCGUUGUCGUACGAGAAAAAAUGGAAGACCUUGUGACAGCCGCGAAACAAGCCGAACAGGAAAUGAAGGAGCGUGCCAUACGCCAGGACCCUGCAGGGCCUAUUGAUACUGUCAUAGACCCCACGGACUCUGUGGAUGUACCUCUUCCAGGGUCUGGGUAUCCAUUCGCCGUCCAAGCUUCUACAGUCCAUGGUCUGGGUGUGGAGGAGUCGGUUGGGGCGGCUGUACUGGCCGAUCGGUUACCCCCUCAAAGUCCGGAUAACUCUUUCCAAACAGACGAUGAUUGGAGGAAGGCAUUGUUGAAAGCGGCAGUGGGACAUUCCUUUGAAAAUAUUGAAAAACUCACCUCUCCCAAUACCUCAAUGCCAUCGCCGACAGCCUCCGGAACAACUUCACCAACGAGCGGAUACAAAAUUGGUUUGAAGAUCAUAAGCAGUCCUAUCCUAUUGGAAAGUACCAAUGGCGCGUCCUCGUCCUCGUCGUCACCUAACCCGCAAUCCUCUGCAAGCCCCAAAACACCUCUUACCCCCUCCGUUCCACCCACACCAUUGCGUUCCAUUCCUGGUUCAAUUCAUGAGCUUCCAGAGCGGGUUGAAACUCCUUCCACUCCUCUCCGGCCAUUACAACCCCCACCAAGAAGGCAGAUCAUAAAUCCCAUCUAUUCGUUGUCCCAGACCGACCUUCCGGCUUCAUUGUCUCGACCCUCUCGGGAAAUUAGACCUCCCUCUUCCUUAUCCCUCAGAAAAACAACUUCCUCUCCCAUGUUGCCUAAUGUUCACGAGUCGCAUCUCAGACCAGGAAUGACAAUGACUCCACCUCCGUUACCCAUGCACAGGGCUCACAUUGAUGGAUCGACUAAAUCUUUGAGUAACACGACCGGUUCCAUCUAUUCAACCGAUGAUGGUCAUUCUUCUCGAGCUUCGACCUCGACAUCUGGGUCACAGAACAGCCAAAGGGUGGACCAUACACCGUCACCCACUACUUCUACAUUCCUGGACGCGUUGAGUAGACCACCCUCUCAGCGGGCAUCUUCUCGGUCCCGCCUUGGUGAAGUCGAGAAUAACCGAGUCCGUGAAGAUCACGCCGCAUCCUCUUCUCGACUAACUUCCUCACAGGGGCAUAGACCACCAUCCUCAUUUCAGUCAAGGCAGUAUAUCCCUCAUAAAUCCUAUUCCGAUGAUGGUCAUGUUAUAAGGGGUAGAGAUUGGAGAAUAUCCAUAUCCUCUGCUCAAACUGCUCCACUGCCCGAGAUCGAAAUAUUUGCUCCAGAACCCACCACCCCACCCCUUCCCCUAACCGAUCGUCGCGAGGCUCAUCCUCUUAGGGUCUCAAUUCCCCCUAACGUUCCCCCACCUUCCAUCCAUUCAGCGCCUGCUCCAGCUUCUUUCUUUGACUCGAUACAGUCAGAACUUAGCUCAUUAGAAGACCUCGAUUCUUCCUCCGAUGAGAGUGAAGACGACAGUUCGCAUGGAAAUGUCAACCACGGUCCAUUUGAACCUCCAAGAAGACCAUUCGUUGACCAUCCUCUUCCGUCACGGUCGACGACCCCUCAACCACGAGUGAGCGGCUCUCGUACGCCGAUCAUGCGUUUAGGAAACCAUUCCUCCCCUCAUGUUCAUGUUUCUCGGAGUGCAGAAGAACGACGAGAGGUCCUUGACAGCAGAAACGCAGUUGGUCAUACUGUACCUUCACAGUAUACGUUCUUCACGGACAGGGUACCGCUCACGACUACAUUUGAGUUGUACCAGUAUGCUGGCAGAGCGAAUGCAAGCGAUAUCAACCUCAACAGACCCUCGGGAGUACGUUCGCCACCCCGGCGGCCUGCGACCAUGGAGGAGCGGGUAAAUGCCAAACUUGUUCAGAAUAGGAAACGAGAGCAAGAGUCGUUGAAGCGUUUAGAUGGGCUUCUGAUACAGCACAUGAGAGAUGAGAAGGAUAUGAUUCGGAGAAUUACUACCAACAGUCGAGUUAAUCAUACGUUAUCGCAGUCCCCUUAA